UGUCUGCGGCUCAGUGUGCAGGCUGUCUAGGUGCCGCUCAGCAGCACUGACGUGGACUCGAACCUGAGACCCGUUGUUGUCUCUGAGCUCCUGUCUGUCCCUCAGAGACUCAUGCUGUGAGUUGUCUCUGACCCUGCGGUGGCUGCUGGGAAAUAAAGUCUCUGUCGUGAAAACGUCUCUGAAACUGUCCGGAGAAAUGUCAGCUGUCAGCUCGGACCAGAUCCAGAGCAGAACCGGAGCCGAGCCGGAGCACCAGGAGGCCGGCAUCCUGCAGCCGCAGACCGUGUUCGUCCUCCUGGACUCGGCUGAAAGUAUCAACCUGGUCCGGGUGGAGUCUGGGAUCGUGGCUGACAUCGAGGUGGACAGUUUGCUGCCGUCAGACUGUGACACCUUCUACCAGAUCAAGAGUCAACCAAUCAGCAUCAGUACAUCAACAGCAGCUUCCUCCUCUUCAUCCUCACUGCCGUCAACCAUGUCCUCAAGGGUUUUGAUGCGUCAGGAUUUGAUGCGACAGCAGGCCCUGGAGGAGGAGCAGAAGGAGGCACAGCAGCAGCUCCUGCACUCCAGCGACUCGUCCUCCCCCAUCUGUGUCUCUGUGUCCUCCUCCAGCAGACCUCCUGCUCAGGUCCCUGUGGAGGUGCUCAAGGUGCAGACUCACCUGGAGAACCCCACCAGGUAUCACAUCCAGCAGGCGCAGAGGCAGCAGGUCCGUCAGUAUCUCUCCACCACAGCCAAUCUGGACCCAGCUAGACCCACACCAAGCCACUCCCCCCAGCCGGGCUCCGCCCUCAAACUGCAGCCCGCAGACAACAGCCGGAAAAAGGAGAUGGAAGAGACUGUCAUCAAUGACAUCAUCAGCCUGGAAUCAAGCCUCAAUGACGAGUUUCUGACGCUGAUCGACUCUGGACUGCAGCUCGCCAACACGCUGCCAGUGUCGGGGAAUGUGCUGGACGUGUACGGCAGCAGUGGAGGGAUGGCCACGCCCACCCUCACCGUUAGCAACAGUUGCCCGGCGGACCUGCACGCCGUCAAGAAAGAGCUGAGCGGUGGGUGUCACACAGACUUCUAUACUCAUGUGGAGGCCAAAGCUCUGAUCAAAGAGAGACAAAAAAAAGACAACCACAACCUCAUUGAGAGGAGGAGGAGGUUCAACAUCAACGAUCGCAUCAAAGAACUCGGAGACCUCAUCCCCAAAUCCCCCGACCCGGAGACCAGGUGGAACAAAGGAACCAUCCUGAAGGCGUCGGUGGAUUAUAUCCGCAAACUGCAGAAAGAACAGCAGAGAGCUCGAGAGAUGGAGGACAGACAGAGGAGGCUGGAGAACACCAACCACUCCCUGCUGCUCCGCAUACAGGAGCUGGAGCUUCAGGCUCGCCUCCAUGCCUUCUCCUCCUCCUCCUCCUCCUCACCUCUUCCCGCCUCCUCCUCCUCCUCCUCUCUGGACCCCCAGACCCUACUCUCCCCCCCACUGCCUCUCCCCUUCUCCUCCCCCUCUUCCUCCUCCUCGCUGGUGACCCCCUCCCUGGGUCUGGAUGCCCUGAGCUUCGUGGACCUGGACGAGCCUCGGGGGGCGUCCGCCGUCUUCUCCCCGGACCUGCUGUCCGACGUGGGUCUGACAGAGCUGGGGGACAUCCUGAUGGAGGAGGGGGGAGGCGGGGCGAUGUCCGACCCCCUGCUGUCCUGCGGAGCCUCAAAGACCAGCAGCAGGCGGAGCAGCUUCAGCAUGGACGAGGACCACUGAUGACAUCAUCGCGCACGCGGGGAUCUGAUUGGCUGGAGCUUUUUUUGAUUUGCCGGAACUUUUUUUAAUCAAUGACAUCAUCAAAACAAACAACGCACAAACGUGACAUCACAGGAAACAACUGUGUCCUCCAGUGUAACCACGGUAACCACUGUGUCCCCUACAAUGUAACCUACAAUGUAACCAUGGUAACCGCAGAGUCCUCACCGGUAACCACGGCAACUGCUUCCUCCCGCAGUGUAACCGUGACGUUCCUAUAAUAACAUUUAUGUCCCUGUGUGUAACCAUGGUAACUCUUGCGUAACUCCAGAGUAACCAUGGUAACAGCUGCGUCCUAGAGCGUGACGACAGACGAGUUCGGCCCAGAAAGGACAGACUGAACACAAUGAACAAACUCACAGCUGAUUGGCUGUUGGAGCUGGUCUGAGCUGCAGGUGAGGUCCCGAAGCAUAAGUAACUAAUUGACUCAUUAAUUACAGUUGAAUGAACUAUUAAUAAAAUAUUCAAUAUUUAUUUAAAACAAAACCGGACCCGAACCCGACCUAUAGCAGCAGUUUUGGGCCCGAACCUGGCGGGUCGUGUCGGGUCCAUUCAGGUUCAGCAGAGAAUCAAAGCUCUGAUCCAGACAGACUAUUAAAUCAGUCAGUUUUCACUGUCUCUGUGUUAAUGCUCACCUGCAGCUCGUAGCCACGCCCCCAUCAGUGAUGUCACAACAGGUGAACUUGAUAUUGGUAAAUCAUAUUGAUCAGACUGAAGGAGGACGCCACGAUGAAUCCACAGUUUCUGAUAACAGAGAAAAACAAAUAUUUUCAUUAAAGUUUUUUAAAUGUAAAUAAAUAAUGUACAUAAACAUAAAUCUUUAAUCUAUAAUCUAUAAUCUAUAAUCGUGUGUGCUGGAAAAACUGAGCAGAUGUUUCAAGGAAGGAGCAGAGGAGGUCUGAUCAGCUUCAUUAUUGAUCUUUUAUUACUGAUGUCUGCGUAUAUUCAGAGGAAACUGAAGGGAAACUGUACAUCAUCAUCAUCAUCAUCAUCAUCAUCAUCAUCAUCAUCAUUGUCUGCUCUCAUUAAGGACUCGUUAACGUCCUGCUGAUUUUUUUUUAUUCUGGUUUCAGAGAUAAAAUCAUUUUUCACUGUUUCAUAAUUAAUUAGGGACCGAGCCAGAGACCGCUGGGAGGUCCCUAUUGUAAUUGGUCCGUUUAUUAUUAUUACGCUUAACCCUCUUUCACUGCAUUUUUGACCCCCUGAACAUAUACUUCGUGUUAAUUUUAUUUGGCACAUUUGUCGGGCCUGUUGCGAUAUCGGAUAUUCUGUGUGUCACAUUCAAGUCGGCCACUAGGAAGGCCACUAGGUGGCGCUCCUUUUAGGCAAAGUUUGAGAGGCUAAUAACUCCAGCAUCAUUUGUCUCACAUUAAAAAACCUUAUAUCCAUGCAUUCAGUGAAUGGAGCUGAAUCUCCCUAUAUAGGCCACGCCCACCUGCGCCUGUUUUUUUUCCGCUACAGCGCAAAAUGUCCAAAAACGACGUUUUCGUGUUCCAUCCAUGCCUUUCGUCCGAUUAGCACAAAACGUUGCACGUAGCAUGUGGAGACUGUCCUGGCAAAAAAAGUAAUUUAAAGUAUUUUGAUAUUUCAAAGAAUAAGCACGUUAUAAAAUUAGCACUUCCUGUUGAUUUUUUGGGUCUUGGGUCCAUAGUUCAUCAUGUCUUCAUGAGGCACCUUGCAAAAUUUCACUUCAUCGCCUCAAGGUUUUAAAAUGAAGUAGUUUAUAUCUCUGCAUCGGCAAGUGUGAUUAAAACUAAACUUGGUAGGAUGCUUCCCCAUGGCUCCCUGAUGGUCCCCUAAAAAGGAAAAAAAAUCAGGCCACUAGGUGGCGCUCUGGUGGCAGGGUAAAUCACUGUGCGGAGACCGUAAUAGUUCUGAAUAUGAAAUUCACAGGGCACGUGUAGACUGGUGCCUGAAGCUCACAUACCAAAAAUCGUGUUUGCCGUGUUUGUAGCGCCCCCUACAUGAUUUUAAGAAAGCAGCCCUGGUGCUACGUUUCGCUGAUAUGUAUGAAACUCGGUAGGCAUGUGUAAGGUGCUGGGACGUACAAAAAAGCCUCUUGGACCCAUAUCCCAAAUCCCACAGGAAGUCGGCCAUUUUCAUUUUUAAUUGUCACUCACGGGGUCCAUUUUGUGGUCAUUUUCACUGUUUGGGCUUGUAUUUGAACGAACUCGUCCUAGAGAAUUUCUCGGAUCUGCUUCACAUUUGGUCAGUAAAGUCAGAACAUGUUGCUGACUGAACGCCGUGCUUUUUGUGACUGUACGUUGAAGGGCGUGUCCGUGUCAACUGCUAGGUUAGCUAACCUAACACUUCGCUAUAGCUGUCUUGUUUGUGUUCAUUUUAUUUAGUUCAUAGCCGACAGCUAGCUUAGCAUGCCAGAAAACUGACAAGCUAGCUAUUAGUGUAACUACAGACUAGACUGUUAGCUAUGAAACAAGCUAACUGUUAGCUAUGAAACAAGCUAACUGUUAGCUAUGAAACAAGCUAACAGUUAGCUAUGAAACAAGCUAACAGUUAGCUAUGAAACAAGCUAACAGUUAGCUAUGAAACAAGCUAACUGUUAGCUAUGAAACAAGCUAACAGUUAGCUACGAAACAAGCUAACAGUUAGCUAUGAAACAAGCUAACAGUUAGCUAUGAAACAAGCUAACUGUUAGCUAUGAAACAAGCUAACAGUUAGCUAUGAAACAAGCUAACUGUUAGCUAUGAAACAAGCUAACUGUUAGCUAUGAAACAAGCUAACUGUUAGCUAUGAAACAAGCUAACAGUUAGCUAUGAAACAAGCUAACAGUUAGCUACGAAACAAGCUAACUGUUAGCUAUGAAACAAGCUAACUGUUAGCUACGAAACAAGCUAACUGUUAGCUACGAAACAAGCUAACUGUUAGCUACGAAACAAGCUAACAGUUAGCUACGAAACAAGCUAACUGUUAGCUACGAAACAAGCUAACAGUUAGCUAUGAAACAAGCUAACUGUUAGCUAUGAAACAAGCUAACUGUUAGCUAUGAAACAAGCUAACUGUUAGCUAUGAAACAAGCUAACAGUUAGCUAUGAAACAAGCUAACUGUUAGCUACGAAACAAGCUAACAGUUAGCUAUGAAACAAGCUAACUGUUAGCUAUGAAAAGCUAACUGUUAGCUAUGAAACAAGCUAACUGUUAGCUAUGAAACAAGCUAACUGUUAGCUAUGAAACAAGCUAACUGUUAGCUAUGAAACAAGCUAACUGUUAGCUAAAGCUGCUUUUUAAACAUUUAAAUGAAACAUUGACAGAAAGAAACAGAUGUGACCUCACAGAUGUGACCUCACAGAUGUGACCUCACAGAUGUGACAUGAGAUGAUGUCAGCGGUGUGAUGCACCAGCAGUAACUAUGGCAACAGCAGCAGAACUGUAGAUCCAACAUGGCUGCCGGCUCAGCUGUCAGUCAUCAGAUGUAAAAAAGGGAUUUCUGUUUUUCUUUUAUUGUUGUUGUUGUUUUGAUUGAUGACAUUUAUGUUUACAAACAUCCAGUUUAUAGUUUAUGUAGUCUGAAUAUGAUCAUGUUUGUUUUUAUAGAUUCUUUUAUAUAGAAAUAAAUCAUUUAAUAAAAAACAUUUGUUCUUUGA